AAUUGCCCUAUCCAACUACAAACCCAACUCCCCGUAUAUUUGCCAUUUUCUCUCGCAAAUCCCAUCCCACCUCACUUCCUCUGCAUCAUCUUCAUUGGCAAUAGCAUCAGUUAAUUAUUCAAAAAUCUCAACAACAAUCAAAUCGACCUCAAAUCCGAUGUUCAAUUUCACAAAUACCACCAUUUUUACUGCCCCAAAUAGUUAUAACUUCCGUUGGUUCGCCGUCGUCGUCAAUGCUGGAGGUUUACUAUGUUCCUUUGUAUUUGUUGUUAACGUGAUGUCUGGGUGCAAUGAUGUUGAAGUAAAAUUGUGUUCUUGCUCUACAACAGCGAGUCAUUGGGGAAGUGAUCGAGUUGAGAGAAAACUAGUGAAUAUCAAGAUGAAGGUGGUGGUAAGAGAAUCAACUAUGGUGACUCCAGCUGAAAAGACACCUAUGACAAAGCUAUGGAGCUCUAGCCUUGAUCUAAUUGCCACCAACAUUCACACACUAUCUUUGUUUUUUUACCGGCCUAAUGGUGCUCCCAACUUUUUUGAUACGAAAGUGAUGAAGGAUGCUUUGAGCAAGGCUUUGGUUGCAUUUUACCCAAUGGCAGGCCGAUUUAAACACGACCAAGAUGGUCGGGUUGAGAUCGAUUGUCAAGGACAAGGAGCGUUGUUUUUGGAAGCGGAUUCUGAUGGCGUUAUCGAUGAUUUUGGUGACUUUUCACCCAAUUUGGAGACCUUGAAACUCGUUCCGAACUUUGAUUAUUCAUUGGGAAUUGAAUCAUAUCCUCUGCUGGUCGUGCAGGUAACAUACUUCAAAUGCGGCGGGGUUUCGCUAGGAAUUGGGAUGCACCAUCGUGUCGUGGAUGGGACGUCUGCGUUUCACUUCAUAAACACAUGGGCCGAUACGGCCCGUGGGCUUGACAUAACUCUCCCACCCUUCAUAGAUCGGACCCUCCUUCGUGCACAUGACCCACCACAACCCGUUUUUAAGCACGUUGAAUACCAUCCGGAUCCAACCGUGAACUCUCCGCUCCAAGUCCCAUCGGGUGAAAGCAAAACCGUCUUCUCAGUUUUUAAGUUAACACGAAACCAACUUGAUGCACUUAAAGCAAAGUCAAAGGAAGAUGGUAACACGAUCCGCUACAGCUCUUUUGAAAUUCUCUCGGGCCAUAUUUGGAAGUGCGUGGGUAAAGCCCGUGGGAUGCCAGACAAUGUGAAAACCAAGCUCUAUUUCUCGGUAGAUGGGCGGGCCCGCUUACAACCGCCACUUCCACGUGGCUAUUUCGGUAAUGCUGUCUUCACAGCCACUGCUAUAGCGACAGCUGGCGAAAUUCAAUCCAAACCUUCGUGGUACGCUUCAGGUAAAAUCCACGAUGCUUUAGCGAUGAUGAAUAACGAUUAUCUAAAAUCGGCUAUCGAUUAUCUGGAAGAACAUGAUUGUCACAAGCCCGAGGUUUCUUAUAAGUACACGAAUCUUCAAAUAGUAAGUUGGGCUAGGAUCCCGAUUCACGACACCGACUUCGGAUGGGGCCGGCCAAUCUUCAUGGGCCGUACAGGGAUCCCGUCAGCGGGUAAGUGUAUUGUUUCUCCAAGCCCGAUAAACGAUGGGAGCUUAUCGAUCGUCAUUGGACUAGAAGUUGAACAAAUGAAGCUUUUCAGCAACUUGUUGUAUGAAAUUUGAUAUUGAAGUUUGAUACGUUCAGCAUGCAACAAUAAUUCAUCUUGUAUCAAUAAGAUACUUGCUCAUAUAGAGCUUGUAUCAAUAUGUAUGUAUCGUUUGUAAAAUUCCAAUAAUAGUUUCUCCACCGUCACUUCUUGUUAUUACUGAAAUAUAAUUAAAGUUUAACGAAA